CUUUGGCAGACAGCCACAGCACAGUGUGUAAGACGCUGCAACACCGUGCCUUCCGACUUUCGAAUUCGGGGUCAACGCGAAGCGACUACUAGUACGGACAACCCGGUACGGUCGCGCCCCAACACCGCACACAACCCGACGUCAGCGGCACCGAGCUUUCCCAUUAGAGAGUACUACCUAAUUAUCUAUCCUCCAGCACACCGAGCCCGAAACACCACCCACGGACUUGCGCCUGUCGCCCGAUUCCACAGCGCGACCGUUGCCCACCAUGCCCACCCAGUGGGUAGACUGGUCGAAGACGACCCGGUCCAAGGACUACCGGGGCUCCGGCUCCUUUGCAACCUUUCUCAUCAUCGGCCCGGUAUGUUUCGCUCUGGGCAUCCUCUUCGCCUCGUUCCCCUACGACUUCCCGCUCCUCUGGACCUCGGACCCGAUCCCGCCUUCCUUCCUCGACCACCUGGAGACGCACCUGCGCUUCAUGCACCAGUCGCCGCCGCUGAUCGCGCGCAUGCUGCACAUCAUCGUCUUCGUCGGCUUCCUCGGCUUCUUCAUCAAGCUCUUCCGCCCCUCCGAGGCCAACGUGCUCUUCGACGGCGGCAGCCUGAUCCUCUACGUCAUCGGCGCCGGCGUCUACCUGAGCAACAUCGUCAAGGGCAUGCGCGCCGUCAGCCAGCCCGGCGGGCUCGCCGCCGCCGAGACCGCCGCCCGGGACGCCCAGGACGCCCUGCGCGCCGCCGCCGCCGCCGCCGCCGCCGCCACCUCGGGGGCGGGCACCGGCGACGCGGCCGGCGGCGAGGGCGCCCGCUACUACGACCACUACCACCACCACUCGGGCCCCAUCUCGGGCGAGGUGGUGCUCGGCCGCGAGGACAGCCUGAGGGUGCUGAGCGCGAGCCACGUGAUAUUGGCACUGGUGCUCGUGGGCGUCUUGGUGCUGCAGGCCGGCCAGUGGUAUGCGGAGCGCAAGGAGGCGGACGAGGUGGCCAAGCUGGAGAGGCAGGAGGCCGAACGGAAGGCCGCCGCCGCGGCUGCCGGAAGUAAGAAGAAGCUGUGAACGGACAGGACGUCUCGUCGGCUUUUUGGCUUGUCGGCUCGGAAAAAAAGGAACAUAAGAUAAAUAAAAAAUAAAAAUGAAGCGUUGGAUUCGGGUCAAGUAUAAGAGAAUGGGAUGGGUGGUUGUUUUUACUUUAGAACCUCGGCUGAGUCUGAGUCUGGCUACGUAUUGUUCUUUUUUUAAUCGACAAAGCGGAGCUAUGUUUAUUUCAGCUCACCAUCAUCCUCUACAGCUGGCCGAAUAGGAAAUGGUGUCUUCACGUCCUGUGCCACCUCCCGUCACGAGUAUGGUAAGAAGAGGGGCUACCCCAGGUUAAGGAAAUGGGUUUUCUGAUGUUUCAGUCCUGGCCGCCUCCAUGACAUGCGCAGUAGAUCGACGCCGUACGCAUUAUUUCGUACUCUAUAACCCCUUAACUUACC